UGAACACCUUACUUUUGAAUCAAACAUUGAAAUAUAGGUUGUUUUAAUCGAAAAUGAUUCUUUAAUGUGUUGGAUGCAAAGAAUUUUAUAUAAAGAUUCAUAUCACGUCGUAAAUUCAACAUAGAGAUCACAAUGACAAGUCUUAGGAACCUGUCGAAGAAGCUGAAUCAGCAUCGCCCAUCGGUGACGAAGGAAGGUCAGGGUGAUGAUACCGCAAAUAUAACAGGAGGCACUACAGGCAAUCCUGUUACUGCCAACACAUCGGAAUUGGAAUUGUGGGCGAACAAGAUUCGUAACGAUGGGAAUAGACCUGGUGAUUGGUUGGAAUACAUCAAGCACAUGCAUUGUGUUGCAGAUUGUAUGUCAGACAAGGAACGAAAAUAUAACAUGUUGUCAGGGUUAUAUAACAAGGCUCUUGAGUCCAUUCCUGAAGAAUUUGUGAAAGAAGAGCCUUAUGCGAAGAUUCUUGUUCAGUUUGCAAAAUUAAGAAGUGGAUGUGACAAAAGUAGUUCCGAAGUGCUGUUCAAGAAAGCCACCACCCUGUGCAGGCAUCUCUCAUUUGUCCAUAUUGCCGCUGCUGAAUUCUAUGUUGCCCAAGGCGAUUCCCACAAGGCUAAGCGUGUGUUAGAGAAGGCUCUGCACGUCUAUCACCCCAGACCGAUCGAACACGUACGCAAGGCUUUGACGGAUAUGGUUGGUUCAAAGAUGAGAAGUAACGAACAACACGACAGUAUAUCAGGCCAUACUGGUAACACUUCCCAGGUGUUCAGAGAUGAUACAGGGGGGUGCUCCACUUCAUUUACAAACCCAUUCAACCAAGGAACGGACAAGGAAAACCUUCUGCCACCCAGGAGGGACUCCCGCACCAGCAGUAGCGAUGAGGCCGACACCUUUCCCAUAAACAAGACUAUCGACCUGUCAAAACCGGAUGAAAAAACUGGUCCCAGAACAUUACGGUCAUAUCACAGCACCCCCGACUGCAAGAGCGCUGGGGCACUGAGUGUCGAGAAGCCCUCUCUUUCAACGCGUAAACGAGUUAUGGGUCGAGCAAUGCGAGUCCUGGCUAAUCAGCUCCCACAGGUGGCAGAAGAUGAUGACAGCAGUGGUGAUGAAGGCAUCAAGGGUAUCAAACCCUUUACAAUGGAUUCUCCACCAGCAACUGCUGAUGCUGAUACUGGGUACCCGUCGAGCGCAUCAGAGGCUGGGAAAAGGAAUCCCCCGAGUGACUUUAAACAGCCAAGGAGCGUCACGAAUUACGGCAUCUAUGCUGGUCAGAGGAAACACUCUGUCAUGGAUGUAGAUGAGCCUGAUCAUGAAAAGGAGAACCAUGCACAAAUUCCAUUCAAGAAAGAAACGAAAGCCUUCCCCUUAGAGACCCAGCCGUCAAAUAUGGACCGCAAGUUUUCUCUGAUGGACGUGGAUCAUGAUACGGGACCAAUCGCUGACUUACCAAUGCCCCAACCAGUGAAACCUGAACGCCAGAUGAGGACUGAGCCGAUGUCAUUGUCAAGGAAUUUAGGGGUUCCUCUGGCAACCCCUGGUGGACCAGGCCCUCAGGAUCCACAGUGUCAGCUCUCCACCCCUCGGCAUCAGGCCAUGAUACCAGGGGCGAUGCCGUACGUGGGUACACCAAUCAUGCAAAAUCCAAAUGACGUCGUUGUAGUAAACAGCAAACCUUACACAAUCCUUAAAGUCAUUGGAACAGGAGGUUCCAGCAAGGUCUAUGAAGUGUACGAGAACAGCAAGAGACUAUGCGCCAUUAAGAGAGUCGACCUGAAUGAUGCUGAUGAGUUUACCGUUCAGUCGUAUAAGAAUGAGAUUAACCUGUUGAAACGUCUCCAGUACAGCGAUAAGGUGAUCAAGAUGUAUGACUAUGAAUUUAUUGAAGAAACCAACAUCCUGCACGUGGUAAUGGAAAGAGGCGACACUGACCUGGCCAACUUCUUCAAAAAUAAAUCAAAACACGGAGGCAUAUCACCUCAGAUGGUGAUGUUUUAUUGGGCAGAGAUGCUGAAGGCUGUCCAGGUUCUUCAUAAGGAAGGGAUUGUUCAUUCUGAUCUGAAACCCGCCAACUUCCUCCUGGUCACUGGAAACGUCAAACUGAUCGACUUUGGUAUCGCCAACGCCAUCCAGCAGGACAAGACGAGUGUUACCCGGGAGUCACAGAUUGGGACUCUGAACUACAUGAGUCCCGAAGCCAUCAGUCAAGCCGAUUGUGGCCCUGUGUAUGAUAGCGAGGGUCGUCUCAAACCCAAAUUUAAGCUGGGUGUAAAGAGUGAUGUGUGGUCCCUCGGUUGUAUCCUGUACUACAUGGUCUACCAGAAGGCCCCAUUCCACCACAUCCGACAUAACCUGGCCAAGUUACAGGCAAUCAUCAACCCAAAUGUACCAAUACCCUUCCCAGAGAUCAAGGAUAAGAACCUAAUGCAUGUCCUACAACACUGCCUGAGGAGAAACCCGAAGGAACGGCUCGGCAUAGACGAGCUGCUGCUUCAUCCGUUUCUGAAGCAGGAUGUCCGGUCGCCACCGGCACAGGAGAUGAAGAGUCCUCCAGAUGGUGAAGCCAUGUACAGACUUGUCAAUCAACUGGUCAUGCAGCUGGGGGUAGACUCACCAAAUAGUGCGCAGAAUCUCUCAAAGAACCUGAUACAGCAGUUCAAGUCUGGCCAAGCCCUGGACCUAGGAUCUUUGAACCAAAAACAGGAUGGUCAUUCCUUCCCGGGUUAAUACAAGAGCCAAGGACGUGUGUGUCUGAAGAUCACCAAGUUGAUUACAAGGAUGAAAUCCAACUCGAGCUCUCACAGGUGUUUCAUGUGGCAGAGCUGAACGUCAAUCACAAGGAGCACAGACGAUGAUAGUGUGUAUUGCCUGGUGACUUUGACUAUGGAUACUUCGCUAAUCAGGAUGUGACGCUUCCAGUUUUGGAGGAUUCCUGAUUUUUGCUCCUCCUGGAAAGGGUUUAAUUUAACAGAAGACAUUGAAAUAUUUAACCUCAGUUGUCUGUAUAGUACUUUGUAGACCAACAAUAAACAUUUUAGAGCAAUGUUUUUGCAAGUGAGGGCAGUAAAGAUCACAGUUUCAUCUGGAAUGUUUUUCAAUUUUUUGUUCCGAGCAUCGUCACCUGGUUUAUAUUUCUCAAAGUCAUUCCUCUGUGUACAUGUAUAUCUGACCUGAAGACACUGUGUGAUGAGGACAGCUCAACACGAGGCUGGGGAGAGUAUAUAAUAAUAUAACACUGAGAGACUUUGGUGUUGAGGGAUACACGAAGAUGGGUCACAAGUCUUGAUCUAGAUUUCUGUUUACCAUUGCAUCUUGUAAAUAAUGUGAUUCAAAGAUUUGAUCAUGUGACAGUUGUUAAAGAAAAUAGCAGUUUGUGGCCAUAUUUAACGGCCUGACUUAAAGUAUGUACACAUCCGGUGGGGUUGAGACAGGAAGGUCAUUUGCGCCUGUACAUUUUUAUAAUUUCUUGAUUGUGGAAGAUUCUGAAAAUGUGCAUAAAGUAAAUAGAUGCUAGAAAUCAUCCCCCAUCCCGAUUGCAAUAUGUAUAGAAUGUAAAUAUGUGUAUUUAUUUGCAUAAUUUUGUUUCAAGUGUAAAUACAUGUACAUAACUAUGAUUAUUCUCGAUUUUCUGUGGAAAUGGCCCCUGUCGCUUCAGUCUAGUUAUUUCCUACAUGUACUUCAAUAAAAAAUACCCUU